CGCCUGCGCGUACACAUGAGGACAUCUCGACUGUUUUCGGUUUUGAUAAGUUUUUAUGGCUGAAGCCUCAUCUGAUUGGGGGACUGGAGAAAGAGGAAGUAAAGCUAUGUUGCGUUCAGAUUGUCCUGCAUGAAUCAGCGAGAAAGCAGGUUUUACUUGUCAACGCGUGACAUAUCCAACUUCCCGGUAAACCUAUCAAACUUCCGUCGACUGUCUGUCGAGAAGUAAACUGCGAGGGAGACAGACAUGCAAAUAUUCCUCUUUACAGAUGUGCCAACGAGAGUAAUUUGAGAGGUUGCACACGCUUCCUGUUCUGCUGGACUGAAGACAGAAACCAAGUCCAUUCAAACAGAGGGAACGACGCAGCGAGCAUACAAACAUGGAUCAUGCAUCUCCUCAGGACGCACUUCAGAGCAAGGGCUCCAUGGCGAGACACAGGGAGCUCGGUGAGGAGGCUGUUGACAUGAGGCCCAUUGACAGCUCUGGGAUUCCCUCUCAGGAUGAAAAGAGAGUCAUCAGAAGAGUAAGAAGUCCAUCCAGACCGAGGGCAUGGAUGUCAGGUUCUCACAAACCAAAGUUUCCAGGGCAGUUCUACAAACAUCGGGAACACCACUCCUUCUACAAACCUGGCUUUAGCAACCAGAAGUACCACCACUCCGGCCACCGAGGUUACUUCCACCGAAGAGAUUAUUUCAAGCCUAAACUCCACCCCUCUACACCGAGGGAACGGGAGCGAGAGAAGGAGAAGGACUGGUACGAACCAAGAGAGAGCGCUGAAGGGAGUUCACCUCCAAAACAAAGCACUAGCAGACCUUUCUUACCGAGGACCACUUCCAGCAGAGACAAGGACACACAGUUCACUGUUUACCACAGCGACAGGAACCAAAGCAGGGAGCGAGAUCACAGGGGGAGCAAGAGCAGAGAAAGAGAACGGAGCCGAGAAAGGGACCCCCCUUCGACUGCCAGCCAGACUGUAGCACGAGACAGAGCCAUCCAGCAGAAGAGGAGAGAAAUAGACGAGGUUUACUAUCAGGAAUGUGAAAUGUUUGGCCUUGUCGCAAAGAUGCUAAUCGCAAAGGAUCAGUCCCUGGAGGGUCCCAUCCAAUCGUCGCUGCAGGAGAACCUGAGGGACAUCGGCAAGCGUUGUGUGGAGGCCAUGGAGAAAUUUAUAGAGGACUAUGACUCCAGGGAGCUUUCUCACUGAAAACACUCACAUAUGAAUUCUCCAUCUUCCUUUGAUUACUCCUACCAGUAAACAAAUUUUAUUUCAAGGGAUGGACGCAUGUUUGUUUUUGUAUUUUCUAGUAGAGGACAUAAACCCCUACUUUCUUGGUUGCUGCCUGGACAAAGUCCCCCUUUUGUUGAUCGGUGAGAAACACUUUUCAGAGAUGGAAAGGAAACUUUGUGAUUUUCAUGUUCGACUGUGAUUCUAAUUUUUGAGAGUGUGAUGAAAAAUAAAUACACUGGUUAGUAUCCUUAUGAAGACGUCAAAAAUAAUAUUUGAUCAGCCAAACAUUGUGACCACUUGCCUUAUAUUGUGUAGGCCCACCUCUCAUCAGAUCAGGGCUGGGGUCUCAUUUAUAAACGUUGCUUGCGCACAAAACUUGGCGUAAAAACUAGGAGUUGGCGAGAGGGAGAACUGAAUUCAGAUUAUAUUUGAAUGACUUUCACACAUUUUAUUUAAUUGAACAACAACAUAUUAACAGACCAACGUCACCAUCCUCACUAAAACCUGCAUAUUUUAUUUGAAUAUGUGACUGUGUUGAGCCGUUUCCAAUAAGCUUUCAUUACAAGAUAAAAGUCUGAAAGUUCAUUAAGUAUUUAAUCAGCUUUGAGGUUAAAGCGAAAGUAACGGCAGAAGACAAAACAACCGCAGAGCGAAGUGACAGUUAUGUUUUCAAUGUUUCUAAUGCUGUGUGGAGUCACUGAGUGUAAUUAUACUUUUAAUAAAGACUGCUGUACGGAGCAAACCUGCCGUUCUACAGUAAAGUAACACACUCAAGUGGAA